CUGCGAGCGAACAGCCAGAGACCUCGGUGCAGCACUGCCACGGCCUCACCGCCUCCCUCAGGACUCUGGUUUAGCGACUCAUUUCACAGCACCCGCGGCUCCGCUCCUGCAAAGUCACGGGCCAAAGCGCUCCCGACUGAAACGUGCUCCCGACGCAAUAACCGCCGGAUGACCUUGGAAAGGGUGUUGCACAACUCCAGCACUUAUCCACAGCGAGAUACCUACGCCCCAACCGCCAGUGGCACAGGGACGGGGAGUUGCAGCGCGUGAACCCUGCGCAAACACAGGCAGGAACGGGGUGCAGCAGCGCUCCCCCCUCACCCUCUGACAGGGCACCUGCUGCGCACCCUGUGGAGGUGAUUACCUCCACAGGCUUUAAUUGCUUUGGGCUUUCACGUGAAGCUGUGCGAGUGGAGCCUCAGGAGGAGAGGCCGCAGCUUUGUUUGCCAGCGAGGGAAGGGCCUGGAGCACCGGCCACUCCACCACUCGCCCCCGCUUCUGGCGGCCACCAGGCGCUAUUAAAGGACUCGGCGGGAGGCAGCUGCAGCAGUGCUCCUGGGCGACGUGUGGGACGAUGGCAACCUCUGUGCAGCUGAGCACUGGGGCAAAGAUGCCCAUCUUGGGGCUGGGAACCUGGAAGUCUACACCAGGGAAUGUAACAGCUGCAGUGAUGGCCGCUAUCGAUGCAGGAUACCGCCACUUCGACUGUGCCUAUGUGUACCAGAAUGAGAGUGAAGUUGGGGAAGGGAUCCGGCAGAAAAUCAAGGAAGGUGUUGUGAAACGAGAGGACCUUUUUGUCGUCAGUAAGCUUUGGUGCACGUUCCAUGAGAAACCUCUGGUGAAGGGAGCCUGCCAGAAGACUCUUGCUGCCCUGAAACUGGAUUACUUGGAUCUCUACCUCAUCCACUGGCCUUUUGGAUUUAAGGCAGGAGAGGAGCUAUUUCCCAAAGAUGACAAAGGCAUGUGUAUACCCAGCAACACUGAUCUGCUACAUACUUGGGAGGCCAUGGAAGAGCUGGUGGAUGCUGGUCGGGUAAAAGCCAUUGGAAUCUCCAACUUCAACCACGAGCAGAUUGAGAGAAUCUUGAACAAGCCGGGACUGAAAUACAAGCCUGCAAAUAACCAGAUCGAAUGUCAUCCAUACCUUACCCAGGAGAAGCUGAUCAACUAUUGCCAAUCCAAAGGGAUUGCUGUGACAGCAUACAGUCCCCUUGGCUCUCCAGACAGGCCAUGGGCUAAGCCAGAGGAUCCUUCCCUUCUGGAUGAGCCCAAGAUUAAAGAGAUUGCAGCCAAGCACAACAAAACCCCAGCACAGGUUGUCCUUCGGUUUCAGAUCCAGAGAAAUGUGAUUGCCAUUCCCAAGUCUGUCACACCACAGCGUAUUGUGGAGAACUUCAAGGUAUUUGACUUUGAAUUGACCAAAGAGGAGAUGGCAACCAUUUUCAGCAUUAACAGAAACUGGAGAAUUUGUGCAAUGAGCAUGUGCAAAACCCACGAGGAUUACCCUUUUAACGCAGAAUACUGAAGAUGGUUUUACCUUGUGCUUCUCUAGAUCUCUGAGGUCCGAUGUGCUUCUGGUUUAACUAAGAGCUAUACAUUUAUCUAACGUUCUUAUUGCAUCUGCCCUGCUGCUGACAGCAAACACACAGGAUAUGUAUUUAGUGAAUUUUGUUCUAAGAUCAUUGUUGGAAGAAGGAAACAGUAUAAUUGAAUUA